GGAUUAGGCAGGAAUCUUGAUCAUAUCCCCUUACACCACUCGUUAUUUCCCAUCAUCCAUUCGCCUCAGCUUGGGCUGGGGCCACCACAGAAACCAAGCUCUUCCCUCCAUCCACAUAACGAUGCUCACUUCUUCCCACAAACUCCUAUGGCCACCGCUUCCCCUUCCUCCUCUCCUCCCCCUUAAUGUCAUCUCUUCUUUCUUGGUGCUCCUCUGCUCAUCCCUGUCUUUUGCUUCUGCCACUCCAUGUCUCAAUCUUCUCCUUUCUUCUCCAUUGCCCGAGUACACACUGGAGCAGCAGGGCAAGCUGCAGCUGUCACUCUCCUGCUCCGUCACCCUGUUGCUCAGCUGCCACUCAGCAUUCAUGGUCCGCGGUAUUUCUGUUUGGCUAAAGCCUCACCUGCCAAGACACUGAGCUUGCAGCUGGGCCUUCCGCGUGCCACACUAUCCUCCUUUGCCGGCGCUGAUGAUGGCUCCAGUGCGAAAGCCAAUGCCGCAGAGGCUGAGGAGCAGAAUGGGGAAUGCGAGCUGUCAGAGAUGGCCAAGGCGUUCAAUAUUUCUCCACGGAUGGCAAUGUCGAUCUCUGUGAUGAUUGCAUUUGUGGCCCUCACCAUGCCGCUGGUGAUGCGCUCACUGGUCUGUCAUGGGACGUUCAAAAUGAGCGCACUGGCAUAUCUUACACUGCUGUCAGGGUUCUACAUGGCAUGGAACAUUGGGGCAAAUGAUGUGGCAAAUGCCAUGGGGACGUCAGUAGGAUCCGGAGCCUUGACACUCCGCCAGGCAGUACUCACUGCGGCAGUGCUCGAGUUCUCCGGUGCAUUCCUUAUGGGCACCCAUGUCACCAGCACCAUGCAGAAGGGCAUCCUGGUAACAUCAGUCUUCCAAGGGAAGGACUCUCUGCUCUUCGCUGGACUGUUGUCCUCCCUCGCCGCUGCUGGCACAUGGCUGCAGGUAAUGGGUCAUCAACCUUUUGAGCCCUGCUAUAUCGUGCCAGUCAGGUCAUGCAGUCUCGUGGUGCCUGUUGCUUCGUCAUAUGGUUGGCCUGUUUCAACUACACAUUGUAUAGUUGGGGCCAUGGUUGGCUUUGGGCUAGUGUUUGGAGGAGUGAAUGCAGUUUUUUGGAGCUCCUUGGCUAGAGUAUCUUCAUCCUGGGUCAUUUCUCCUUUGAUGGGUGCAGCAGUCUCAUUUCUUGUUUACAAGUGCAUACGUAGGUUUGUAUACAGUGCACCAAAUCCAGGCCAGGCUGCAGCUGCUGCAGCACCAAUUGCAGUUUUUACAGGUAUCACUGCAAUCUCAUUUGCUGCUCUUCCUCUCAGUAAGAUCUUUUCCAUUGCUCUCCUGCAAGCAGUAUCCUACGGGGCAAUUGGAGCCAUCAUUGUUAGUCGGGUGAUCCAAAACCAGCUAGGUGGGCUACUGUCUUCGGAAGCAGAAAAGAUAGCAUCUGCUGGGAAGACAAAUGCCCAGCAAGUUGGAUUUCUUUCGGACGUUGCUGGCCCCACAGGAGCUCAAUUGCAGAUCGUGUAUGGUGUAUUUGGUUACAUGCAAGUCUUGUCAGCAUGCUUCAUGUCAUUUGCUCAUGGUGGCAAUGACGUCUCCAAUGCCAUAGGGCCCCUGGCUGCAGCUUUGUCUAUUCUUCAAGGCAUGGCAAGCAGUGCUGAGAUAGUCAUACCUACUGAAGUUCUUGUUUGGGGUGGUUUUGGAAUUGUUGCAGGGCUCACAAUGUGGGGUUAUAGGGUGAUAGCAACAAUUGGGAAGAAAAUCACAGAACUAACACCAACUAGGGGCUUUGCGGCAGAGUUUGCAGCAGCUUCAGUGGUCUUGUUUGCGUCAAAGCUUGGGUUGCCAAUAUCAGCUACACAUACACUUGUUGGGGCAGUGAUGGGUGUUGGAUUUGCAAGAGGGCUCAACAGAGUCAGAGCAGAGACAGUUCGUGAAAUUGUGGCCUCCUGGUUGGUCACAAUUCCAGUUGGUGCUAUGCUCUCUAUCUUCUAUACAUUGAUCUUGACCAGGAUUCUGGGGUACUUUAUGUGAAUGGAUUGUGAAAUAUAAGAAAUUUUAAGUGGUACAGCCCAUUAUCACUUAAAAAAUUUUGAUCAGCGGAAAAGUUUUUUUUGCAAGUGAAGAGCUGAUUCCAAAAGUUUCCAACAGAACUUUACAAGAUUUGCCAAGAGUAAAUAAUAAUUUUCUUGGCACCUGCACAUGCUUAGGAAAAAGGUUUCCCAGCAAAUAGUAGACUCCAGAUUUUUCAACUUUUUAUAUCUAAUGUACUACCUUGUAUGUUUAUCACAAGGUCGAAUACCAUAACUUCUUGUAGAGCUGUGAUUAUACAUAAUAGAUACCAACUGGUUAAUUUCUC